AUGAAAAUCAUUUUGUUAGUUCUGGUACUUUAGGUUUUCAGCCAAAGUUGUUUAAGUUCAACAGGAACAUAGGUGGAUUGGUGGUUGAUUUUCAAAUUGCCUGCUGAUUCUGCCAUACCAUAUAGUGGAUUUGAAUAUUACUAUUGUGAUUCACAAAAUGAUUGCUCUGGCAUGAACCUAAUGAGUGAUGAUUUAAGAGACCGUACCUCACCCUUGUAAAGAACUGUAGGAUAAAUCUCAUUUACAUCGAGUACAACUAUGAAUGUGGUAUGGAAUGAUUAACCUUAUGGAAAAUCAACUAUUUCUGACAGAGCUCAUUCCAAAGGCAUAUUAUCUGCCUCUUCUAGUGGAUAGGGAUUCAUAAUUAACCAUUCUACACCAUAAUUCCCUGUAUUUGAUGAAAGUUAAAGUAAUAUAAUACCUGGAAUGCCAAGCAGUGCAAAUGUGAAUGGACAACAUUACUUUUGUGUGACCAUGACAACCUCAUAAAUUAAUGUAGUAGCAGAGCAAUAUAUCAUCGCUUAAACCUUAACUCAAAAGGCUAAUGAAAUUAGUACAUUUGAGUCAACCUACCCCAAUAUUUUUGCUCUUAGAAACAAUUCUAGGAAUAUUCAGGCCUAAAGUGGGUCUAAACAAGUCAAGAGUAAGAAUGGAUUGAGUAUACUUGUUAUUUCGAAAAACUAAAAUUUGGUGGAAGACUUCUAUGCUAAUAUUGUGGCACCUAAUUUAAAGGUUGGAUUAGUGAUGGAAACAUGGGGAAAUGGAACUGGAGGGUUACAGGAACCCUCUUGCUCAUAGACUUAUCAGACUUAUAGCAAUAUUUAUAGAAAUCAUAAUGGUUAUAAAUUUAAAUAUACAAAGGACCAUUCCAAAUUCGGAAUUUCAGCUUAAAGUGCUAUGCCUUAUGUUUGUAUGGCAGAUUUAAAUAGAAUGACAACCUAAAAUAAAAGAGGAGGGACUACUUUUUGUUUUCUGCAUUCCAAGAUAUGGAAUGUAAUAAACAAGGCAUUUGUCGAAAGACAAACAUGUUGA